AUGGCGUUGGGCGUUUUGCGCCACCACCACCAAUGUACAAUCUCUUUUGCUACAAUAGCUUUUCUUCUACUUACUUCAGUUUCAGCUUUUGGCCUCAACCCUACUACUAGUCAAUUCGGGAGGAAGAUCAAAGAGGAGGUGGUGGAGCGAGUUCUGCCCCAGCGUCGACUCGGCGGCCCAGGAUCAUCGCCACCCACCUGUAGAUCCAAGUGUGGACAGUGUUUACCAUGUAAACCAGUUCAAGUUCCAAUUCAGCCAAGAUUCAGUAUUCCAUUAGAGUAUUAUCCAGAAGCUUGGCGUUGCAAGUGUGACAACAAGUUCUUCAUGCCUUAG